AUGGAGAGAGCCGUGCUCGGAGGCUCCAGGCAAGGAGUUCGUCAGAGAACUGCCCAGCUGCAUGCUGUGCCUGAAGAAUCAGAGCUGGCCCUUCACCUUUACCGACAGUUUGCGUGGGGUCACCAAAGCUUGGCCCAAAUUAGGUUAACAGCCAGACUGGCCAAGGAGGAGCUGCAGCUUCGCGGGGCAGCUGUGCCGAGGCACCUUUCAGUGCUGGCAGAUCUCGGAGGUGCCACAGAUUUGACCCACAAUCUGUGGAGGGACUUGGAGCGACGAGUGCAGCAGCCCUUUCUUCGGGUCAGCUUCGAAGUGCUUCCUUUGAAGCCCGAGCCUGGAGCAGUUCCUUUCUUCAAACCGACUGAAACUUUUGAAGCCCUCCGAAGCAAAAGACCCGAAGCUUUCAGGGAGCUGGUGCUACCGUCAACUGAUAAACUAGCCAAGUUUUGGCGAGAUGUUGGACAGCACCCAGCUUUGCGUAUGCACCCAGUCAAGAAGGUCCCAAACUAUGAGACUCGGGCGGUCCCACUCGUUCUUCACGGAGAUGGAGUUCCCGUGACUUUGAUAGGUGCCUCUCAGAAAAGUUGUGCCUUCGUCAGCUGGCGAAGCCUGCUAUGUGAACGUGCUGCCUCAAGAUGUCAGCACCAACUCAUAUGUGCUGUCUGGACCGACAUGAUCAUCACAGGGCGAGGGGGGGGAUCCACCGUCGAGAGCCUUUGGGCUAUCGUUUGCGACUCUUUCGACAGGGCCCUGGACGAAGCAAGUACACAUAGCCGGCCUUUUCCACUUUUAGUGUUUGCCAGCGGAGACCUGGAGUGGUUUAGCUUGGCACAUGGUCUUCCCAGAUGGAAUUCGUUGAAUCCUUGUGGGUUGUGCCGAGUUGCACGACAGACAAUGUUCCACUACAAGCGGGUGCCCACCGUGCCAGCAGACACUUGGCAUGUGCCCAGAGAUGGUUGCCACGUUUUGCGCCGGAAGACUCUCUGCCCGGCCUCUGUGUUCCCCGACCUCAUGCACACGAAACACCUUGGCGUGGACCAGAGAAUCUGUGGGUCAGUCGUUUGGCUGCUGAUACACCAAGUCAUGGAAGGCGACGUCGAAGCCAAUCGCCGACAGCUGGUGACAGAGAUACAUGCCCACCGACAGCAGCCCAGCGACAGGCCAGUCAGGAGGCUUACAGCCGGGAUGUAUUUGGGCAAGACCAGCGAUGCCGACUGCCUGCAGUCCUACCCGUGCUUGCGAGCCAAAGCGGCCGAGACCAGAGCGACUUUGGCGGCCCUGAAGGACGUUUGGCGGGAACGUAUGGAUGCUGGGAACGAGCUUCAUGUCCUGACAAACAUCGUGCUGGAUCUCAGCAAUUUCAUCGACACAGAGGUUGCCGCGUCUCAGGAAUGGCAUCCCACUGUGGAGGAGAGUGCCCAGCUGCUCACAGCUGCUGUUACCCUCACUCAGUGUCUGACGAAGCUAACAAAAGACUACCUCCGGCAAGGGAGGCAUCUUUUUCAACUGACUUUCAAGUCUCACUGGCUCAUACACUGUAUGCAGUACUCGGAAUUCAUGAACCCGAAGUACUUGUGGACCUAUUCCGGCGAGGAUUACAUGUCCAGGUGUAAGACGUUGCUCAAGUCUUGCUUGAAUGGCAGGAAGCCGUUGUCGGCACUGCAGCGGUUUGGCAGACAGUACAGCAGAGCGAUCUGCGUAGAGCUGGACAAGGAGAGCCACCGACCCGUGUUUCUGUGA